AUGGCAGUAGGCCUCGUAUUCCUCGGGUGGUGUGUACCGGCGUAUGGUGAGCUCGAACGCUGCUUCAUUUGCAAAGACCUUGGUGUCGAGCAAGUGCAGUUGAUUGCGGGUGUCAACAUAGACUUGGGUCCUGGGGGCUGCAUUGUCAAAACGACGUUGGAGUUUUUGUUUUUGCGAUUGGAGAUCAGCUCGUGUGCCAAGGAAGGGUCGGGCUUUCUGUUCAACUACAAAACCUGA